AUGUCUGCUUUUAUCGCCUGCUUGGUUGUCACAGUUCUUCUCCUUAAAAAGUACGGCUUGAUUCCUACCAAAAAGAAAGGAGUCCUCAAGCCCGAUCAGUUCCAGGACUUCAUUCUUCAGAAGAAAAUAGCCAUAUCCCACAAUGUCACCAUCUAUCGAUUCCAACUGCCAACUCCAGAUUCCAUCCUUGGACUGGCCAUCGGACAACAUAUCUCGAUAGGCGCCGAUAUCAAGCAACUAGACGGCAGCAUAAAGGAAAUCGUCCGAUCGUAUACCCCCAUUACCGGUGACGACCAGCCUGGGCAAUUCGAUGUCCUGCUAAAAACAUACCCACAAGGCAAUAUCUCUCAGUACAUGACAUCCUUGCCGAUCGGCCAAUCGAUAAAAAUGCGUGGGCCAAGGGGGGCGUUCAACUACACCCCAAACAUGGUACGAAGCUUUGGGAUGAUCGCAGGUGGGACGGGUAUCACGCCCAUGCUGCAGAUCCUAAAUGCAAUCGUUCGCGGUAGAGCUACUGGCGACAAGACAGAGGCACACUUGAUUUUUGCCAAUGUCGCUGCUGAUGAUAUUCUGCUCAAGAAGGAGCUGGAGCAACUGGCCCAAGAUCCUAAGAUCCACGUCCACUAUGUUCUGAACCAACCUCCAAAGGAUUGGAAAGGCGGCGUAGGAUUCAUAACGGAGACCAUGAUCAAAGAGUGGCUCCCUGCUCCUUCUGCAGAUGUGAAAAUUCUUCUCUGCGGACCACCCCCUAUGGUGACCGCUAUGAAAAAUGCGACACAAGCUCUUGGGUUUGAGAAGUCUUCUCUUGUAGGGAAGAUGACUGACCAAGUUUUUUCCUUCUAA